AUGGGGGACAAGAAAUAUAAAGGUAAAGUGCCUCUUGCUGAAGAUACAAAUGUGAGAGUUUUUUAUGAAACUCAAAUGUCACUCGGGCCUGAUGACAAAGGUUACACAUUUGAUGGGACUAACUCGAUCUACUCUGCGAUUCUAAGCAGAAAUGAGGCUGUCAAGGAUGCCAAGCGUCUCAAGACUUUUUUGGAACUGCGAGACAAAUACGUGAAGAAGAACGUGGUAUUUGAAGACCCCUUGUUCCCUGCAAAUGACUCCUCGCUCUUCUACAGUCACAAGCCUCCGAUGAAGUUUGAGUGGAAACGUCCCUCUGAAAUUUGUGAAAACCCCCAGUUCAUUAUAGAUGGAGCCAGCAGGACGGACAUCUGUCAAGGCGAAUUGGGUGACUGCUGGCUGCUGGCCGCCAUCGCCUGUCUGACAGUGAAUGAGAAGCUGUUGUACAGAGUGAUUCCCCCAGAUCAGAGCUUCACUGAGAACUACGCGGGCAUCUUCCAUUUCCAGUUCUGGCGUUAUGGAGAAUGGAUCGACGUGGUUGUGGACGACCGCAUCCCCACCUGCAAAAACCAGCUGGUUUUCACCAAAUCUUUCAGAAAGAACGAGUUCUGGAGCGCUCUUUUGGAAAAAGCUUAUGCCAAGUUGCACGGGUCUUAUGAGGCUUUGAAAGGAGGUAACACUUUGGAAGCCAUGGAGGAUUUCACAGGGGGAGUUACAGAGUUUUUCGAGUUGUCCGAGGCGCCCAAAGAGCUCUACAACAUCAUGCGGAACGCGCUGGAGAGAGGCUCGCUGAUGGGCUGCUCCAUAGAUAUUACUUCAGCUUCUGAACUGGAGACUCGGACUGAUCAGGGGCUGGUCCGGGGUCACGCCUACUCUAUCAUAGGCCUUGAAGAGUGUGACGAGGUUGCAAAGGACACCAGAAUUCGCCUGAUUCGCUUACGAAAUCCCUGGGGUUUUGUGCUGUGGAAGGGACCAUGGUGUCCAAAUUCAAAGGAAUGGUCAACCAUUUCCAUCGCAGACAAGGAAAAUCUAAAAAAACAGACUGUAGAGGAAAGUGAGUUCUGGAUGUCAUUUGAUGAUUUCAAGAAGAACUUCACAAAGCUGGAGAUGUGUAACCUGACCCCUGACACGCUGCAGGGUGACGAAAGACACAGCUGGACAGUGUCAGUCAAUGAGGGCCGCUGGGUGAGAGGCAGCUCUGCUGGCGGCUGCAGGAACUUCCCAGACACAUUCUGGACGAACCCUCAGUAUCGGCUGCAGCUGUAUGAGGAGGAUGAUGACCCAGACGAUGGGCAGGUGACCUGCACUGUCGUCGUCUCUCUAAUGCAGAAAGGUCGAAGGAUGCAGCGCCAUCAAGGGGCCAAAUUCCUCACAAUAGGAUUUUCCAUCUACGAGGUGCCGAAGGAGAUGUGUGAACAGAAUCAACAUCUGCAGAAGGACUUCUUCCUGUACACAGCCUCCAAAGCUAAAUGCAAGGCCUACAUUAACCUGCGAGAGGUGACAGAGCGUUUUCGGCUGCCUCCAGGAGAGUAUGUCAUCAUUCCCACGACCUUUGAACCCCAUCAAGAGGGAGAGUUCAUUCUCAGGGUCUUCUCUGAGAAACAGAGCACGUCUGAGGAAGCAGAGAACAUAAUCGGCCAAACGCAGCAAGACAAGAAAAAGAAAGAAAAGCCUAUUGUAUUUGUGUCAGACAGAGCACGAGCCAACAAAGAAAUCGAGCAUGAUGGCAUUCAAGGGGAAAAGAGGAAGAAACCAAAGAAAAAAGUACUCCAACCUGAGCAAGAGACUGAAGAGGAAAAACAGUUCAGAGCCAUUUACAGACAGAUUGCUCGUGAGGACAUGCAGAUCUGUGCCAACGAACUCAAGAUGGUCAUGAAGAACGUACUCUCAAAAUAUACCGAGAUAAAGACAGAGGGUUUCAGCCUUGAGACAUGUCGGAGUAUGAUCGCCCUGAUGGAUACUGAUGGGACAGGAAAGCUGAACCUGCAGGAGUUCAAACACUUGUGGAAAAAGAUCGAGGCGUGGCAGCUGAUCUUCAAACGUUACGAUAAAGACAAAUCUUCCUCCAUCAGUAGUUUUGAGAUGAGGAACGCUGUUAAUGAUGCAGGGUUUCACCUCAACAACCAGUUGUAUGGCAUCAUCGCCAUGCGCUACGCAGACGAACACCUCAACAUCGACUUUGACAGUUACAUCUGCUGUUUCGUGAGGCUAGAGGGCAUGUUCAGGGCUUUCAAUGCCUUUGACAAAGACGGAGAUGGACUAAUCAAGCUCAAUGUCCUGGAGUGGCUUCAGCUGACCAUGUAUUCUUAAGUCACCUACGUGACCACGACAGCAGCUGUUCACGUUCAUGACUCAACUCCUGGACAGCCUCAUGGUUUUUUAAAAAGUAUUUUUGCACAGAUUUUGUGACCCCAACAAAAUUUAAUCUUGAAGUCAAAAUCAGAGGUUUAAUGAUUUCUCCAGUUGUAUGUAAUAUUUAGACUUCUGUCAUGACUCAAGCUAUGAUGGUUUAGAUUUAAUGUCAUCUUUAUUUUAGCGACUCAAUAAUGAAGCGGAUCCCUGAACCAGCAUCAGUUCUCUAGACUCUACAGUGCUGACAUGUGAUGAAUUAAGUUCUCAGUGAUGUUACCUCAGACAACGUGAAGCAAGGAGGAGUGUGAUGAUGUGGGCAGAAGUUUUUAAAAAUGUAGAAUUUACCUUUAUUGCAUAAGUUCAUAUGUUUUAAACAACACGUUGUUAGAAGUGAAAAGCUAGAAAUGUCUUAAAAAUAAAUGUUGAUGUGAGAAUUGA